GAAGCGUCGAUUUUGAAAUCAACAUAACGAUUUGAAAUUCUCUAAGGAGUGUACAUACAUAAAGAGAACGACCGUGAAUAGGUUUCCGCAUAGUGAAUCGCGAAUAUCAUAAAAGUGAACAAGUGUAUCCCUGUACAAUUGUUUUUUUUAAGUGAUAUCAUUUUUCCUUUAAAAAAAAGUGCAAUAAGGAUGCUUUCCAUCAAGUGUAUGAUUGCGAUCUGCGUGGUAGUAGUUGCCGGCACACCCGUAGAAGACGGCAAAUGGCAUCCCUAUAAAUAUGGAGAUGACGGCAAGUAUAUACCUACAGACGAAGGUAAAUACAUCCACAUACCGAAUCCUUACAUCCAUAUCGAUAACCCAUACAACGGAGGCUACGGACCCUAUUCACAUGAUUAUGAGCCUUACGUGAGUGCAGCGACUGAAGAUCGUUAUAGAUUAGUAAUGACCCCGCCCAAAGAUAUACCAUACUACAAGGAGGGAUAUUACAGGAACAACGGCAUCAAAAUCAUCAGCCAGAAUCAUGUGUACAAUGAGGACAAAUACGAUUUCAAUUUUGAAACAGAAAACAAAAUUCGUGCCAAGGAAAACGCUAUUCUCAAGCACCCCAACUCUGUCGAUGGAGGUACUGCUUCAAGCGGAUUCUACGAGUACCUUGGCCCCGACGGUUUCAUGUACCGGGUCGAUUAUACCGCCGACGAGAACGGUUUCCGCCCUAAAGUUAAGAGGAUAGAGACGCCAUACUCUGGAAAAUGGGUGCUAGAAAAAGUGAACUAGAAAGUUAUUUCAGCCAGACACCAAAAUUUUGGCAUUUCCUACUACUUUCCUUGUAAAGAAUCAGUAUUUUGACAUAAGUAGAUAAUGCUAUGGUUUCUUUAAGCUUUAGCUUGAUGACCAAUCAAUUUUGUGUAUAUCAUGACGUUAGAAAUAUGUCACAGGGCAUUUCGAUUGAGCUUCAACGACGUUAAAUAUGAAACAUACUUUUAGUACUUUUUAACAAAAAGACUUAUAUUUUAUGUGUAUAAGUAACGAAUCACGGCCUAACAAAUAUACUAUGAGUACAAAAUCGUAAAAAUUUUGCACAGAUGUUCCUCUUUUUAAGGAAUUGUAAUGUUUAGAAUAUUUAAUUUAUAUUUAGAUUUAAGAGCUUAGAACAAUGAGUUAGACACUUAUUUAUGAAUUGUGAUAAUAAAUUUAUAUUUCAUUAUGAACAUGACCUUUUUUUAUUCUACGUCUUAAACAUAGUUGUAGCUUUCUAACAAAUGCCACUUAGCUGGUAGCCUGGGCUGAUACGCUACGCCGCAGCGCUUCCAUUGCUUUUUUGACUUUAAGGUUAAUGUAAUUUUGGAAAAAAAAUUGGAAUAGCAAAUAAAGAUUUAUGUAUAUUUUGUAUAUAUAUAUUUAUAAUACGUAUGAAAAAACGUACAUGUUAGUAUAUAAAAAAUAGUAUAUUUUAUCAUACCUUCAUGAAAAAAUUAAACGUUUAUUAAAAGUUAAAACCGACUUUAGGAACUAAAAAUAUUCAAUUAUUUGUUCUUGAUUAUUUUCAUACACUUUUGAGUGGAUUUAUCAAUACCAAGGAUGCUAAGCAAGGAUGUCAUCUAAAAUCUAAAUUGCUAAACUUUAUUCACCUAUUUUUCCACCCUUAAUGGUGGCUUAUUUUCUGUUCAUUUCUUUUGGGCCAUCCUUGUAUCUAUUAAAAAAAGGAUUAUUUAAGUCGCUUCUGCCGUUUCCAAGAAAUAGGUGAACAUACUUCAACAACAUCGAAUGUAGAAUCUCCUUUUUAUGAGUCGGUUGAAAACAGCAGCAGCAAAGCCUUCAAGUCACAAUAGUUGUUGUAACUAUAAAUAUUAAAUAUAAACUAAAAUGACCGUGUGGCUCUCUUUGUAGAAAGAAGCCGGAGUCUUAGUAUCGAUCGGCUUUGUGUCUUUCUGCCGAGUACGAAUCCUAGAUGAAGCCAACAUGUUAGAUCUAAUUAUAUUACUGGCAUUAUAGUGUCGCUCUUGUGGCACAUGCGUAAAUUUAAAAAAAAAUGGUCUAAGUGGGCCAGAAGAACAUAAGCAUAAUAAAUUAUUAUACAUAAUAUAUUCAAUAAUUCGGCAUAAUAUAUUUAAUAAUUAAAGGAAAAUAAGCCUGAAUUAAUUAAAAAUGAAGUGUAAAUCACUUGACAACAUCUUAAUUUCAAUUUACAAAUAUGAAAAGCUGAAAUGAGGUACCUAACUUAAAUUGUUGGUUAUACAUCGAGCUACAUAAUUAAAAUUAGAAAUAAUUUAAAUUUAAAGAGAUUAAACUACGUAAACAUAUUUUUUGUUUAUUUACAAAUAUCCUCAUUACGCAUUAUAAAUGUUAUGUAUAUUUUAACAUAUUCUAAUAUAGUUAUAUUUAUGAGU